AUGACGGCGCCGAGACGUCUUUUGCCGGCUCUGGCGAAUGAAAAUCAGUCCAUGGCCCCAGGCGUCGUCGGCAGCGCUGCGCCAGAGUCAGCGAGCUGCCAGGCCCCUGUCCUCACGGACUCCGGUCCCGGUGCUGCUGUCGAUUUCGGCGAGGAGUUUGCGCCGUUGAUUGUGCUGCUCGAAGCGGAAAUGAAUGGUGACAUUCCGGCAGGCUUUUCCUUCUCUGGAUUGCUUGAGAACAACACUGACACCAUCGGCCUUGGUUUUGAUGAUCCUAGUCUCAUGACCGAGGACCUCGCUGCCACGGACACCAACAACCUUGGGCUUGCUGCCCCCGGUCACAUGAACCAGAGUCUCAAUGCCCCAUUUGGCGCCAACGACCUUGGCUUCACUGCUCCUGGUCACAUGAUCCACGGUCUUGCUCCCACUAACAGCUUGUCCCCAUGCCUUACCAGCACUGAGUUCAACGACACAUUCCCUGGAAUUGACGCUUUUUUCGACUUGGAUAGUGCCAGCCAGCCAAUGUGCACAGGAGCUACCGACAACGUGGCCUUGAAAGGUGUUGGUUCCCAGUUCGAAAGCUUCGACAGCAUGGUGCCCCAAUAUCUCAACGAAAAGACCUGGGAGAAUGAUCCAUCGAUCUUUCCACCUGGGUUUGAGUCAGCAUCGAAUGUGGCGGCCAGUACCCCAAUCCGCUUCGACCCUUACCAGGUGGAGGGGCUCGAAGGAGAACUGCCAGACCUCGACGCGUUGACCCGUGAAUUUGGUUUGAGCGCAGGCGUUGACCUUCCAGACCUUGGCGCAGACAAUUCAGACACAAAAACAACUGAAAACAACUCUCUGCCAUCAUCUCUUCCAGCAUCUCUGCCAGAACAACCCGAAAUCGUCAACCUUCCUUCCAAAAUGGCAGGCUUCAAGUUCAUCGUCCAAAUGUCCUCCGACUUCGAAGCUCCUCAGGCCAACAUUAAGGGCGAGGACACCAGCGACCAUGUUUCCUCCGGUCUUCAUGCUCCAACCGACACUGCAGUUUCCGAGGGAGCCAAAUUCGGCGCUGAAUCGGGCGCGAACGUUGUGAGCGAUGUCGCUGCCAACGAUGGCGGUUUUGCUCCUGCUGCCGUGAACGCUUCUGCCCCUGAUGUCGUGAACGCUUCUGUCCCUGCUGCCGCCAAAGCUUCUGCUCCUCCUGUUGAUCUUCCCAACACCAUCGAUGCUAGUUCCGCCGAUGCUGCCGCGAAUGAUGCCAAAGACAAGGCCGAGACCACCGGUGCUAGAAAGCGCAAGGCGGAUGAUGCGAACAACACGAGCACUGACCCGGGCAACAGCGACAAGGAGGCUGCCGUUCCACUCAAGAAGACCAAGUAUAGCGGCGUCUAUGCUCCACGAGUCGACACGAGCCAGCCUGGUACGGUCAGCGUCACUGAGCCAUUCAUCACUCGAAGCGGUAAUCGCACUCAAGACCGAGGUGUUGUGCAGCAAAACAACGAGGACCCCAACGCUCCGAAGUGGACUCGCCGCAUGCCAUCUCUUCUCGACUGCACCGAUCCCUUCUUGUGUCCCGGUUUCAACUUGGACUGUUUUCACGCUUUCCAGAAUACAUCUGGCUACUUCAACCACGUCGAGAAUGUCCACGGAAUUUCGAAGAAGAAGAUCAACAAGCCCGAGUUCAAGGACAUGAAAGCACUCUUUGAGCCACACACGGAGUCUUGGUGGGUUGCCAGAGGACAGGACACUACGUACCAGGGAACCGACCGCAAGCAGAUCAAUGCCCGUCGCCGCAUGAAGGCUGGAAUGCGCAGCAACGACCCGAACUACCUGGAGGAGGUGUAUGUCCGAACUCCCUCUGUGCGUGUAUCAGCAAACAAGAAGACUACUGAGAAUUAG